UGAAAAACUCUGGAUGAUUCUGGCAAAAAAGUACUUCUGGAAAAAUAGAAAUGUGUGGAGAAUUUUGGUCUAAUUGAUGGUCGCCUCACCAUCUGUACAGUCUCCUGUUUCUUUGCCAUACUGGCUUUGCUUUGGGAUUGUAUGCACCCCUUUCCAGAGUCCAAACCCGUUUUGGCUUUGUGCGUCAUAUCCUAUUUUGUGGUGAUGGGGAUUCUGGCCAUUUAUACCUCAUAUAAGGAGAAGAGCAUCUUUCUCAUGGCCCACAGGAAAGAUCCUACAGGAAUGGACCCUGAUAUUUGGCAGCUGUCCUCCGGUCUUAAAAGGUUUGAUGACAAAUACACCUUGAAGCCGACCUUCAUCAGUGGGAGAACAAAGCAGCAGCGGGAAGCCAAGUUCACCAAGUCCAUUGCUAAGUUUUUUGACCACAGUGGGACACUGGUCAUGGAUGCAUAUGAGCCUGAAAUAUCCAGGCUCCAUGACAGUCUCGCCAUAGAAAGAAAAGUAAAAUAGCGAAUUCUAAAAGUAGCCCUCUUUCUGCUGAAUCUUGCUGAAUUACUGGCUUGGGGGGUGGGGGAGAUAAAAAGAACUUAAACUGGGUAAAGUAAGAAAUGUUAAGUCCCUGUUUUGUCCUGAAAUUUUAGUCUAUUCUGGAUAAAUAGGAUUUUCUGACACAGAAA